AUGACCUACUAUGGAAAAUGCGUUGAAAUUGUGAUCGAGCAACUCAACAAAUUCAGACCCGAAAGGGACAGACCUGAGCAGUUCCUGGAGGCCGCGGCUGUCUCCUUCCAGACCCUCAGCCCCCAGAAGCAGGCGUUCGUUUUGGAGGUUCUGUCCGGGUGCCUGGAGUACCGGAAGUUGCUGAAGGUCGUGGUGGACGCCUUCUACGUGCGGGACGGGCGGCUCUGCCUGGGGUCCGACUACAGCCUCUUCGAGGUGACCUGCUACCUGGCCGCCUUCCAGCUGGAGGAGCUCGGCUUCCAGCUCUUCUGCAAGAUCAUCAGGUCCCAGCCCGCCGUCCUGAUGCACAAGUUCCUCCGGUUCUUCUUCAACCCCUUGAACCUGUGCUCGUGGAUCCAGGACGAGUGGAGCCUCCUGUUCGAGAAGUCCCACGUGAAGGAGAACUGGAUCGACCUGCUGAUGAGAUGGCAGCCAGAGGUCCAGGUGCUCAUCGACCAGCUGCAGAAAGUGCUGGCCAGCCAAGCCCCGCUCCCAAAGGCCAAGACCAAGGCCACGGAGCCCAGGGAGUUCAGCCUGACCGUCCCCAGGCCCCGUGCCAUCCCCAUGCCUGAGCCGGUCCCUGUCUUGGCCAAGCCGCGUCCGGUCCCAGGGAGCACGUACCAGAGCCCCAAGGAGCAGCAGCAGCUGGAGAUGGUCAAGAGAUACAAUCGCUGGAAGGCCGAGGAACUGCUGCUGAAGACCAACGUGCAGGAGCUCCGCUGCGCCAUGCCCCGGUCCCGGGGGGAGCCCCCGAGGAAGGGCUCCAAGGUGAAGCCACGGCUCCGAGCCCCACCCCAAAUCCGCAGGACCCCGAAGCUGACCUUCUACAGGCCGGAUCACGUGCCCGUCAAGCUGAACACGGCAGCCAUCCUCCGGGAGGGGGCUUUAUACCAGCGGCAGGUGGAGAAAGAGCUGCAGAGGGUUGAUCAGCUGGUGGACGGGGCCGGGGACUUCUCCGAGUUCCUCGAGUGGCAGAAGAAGAUGCAGGCGCAGGACCUGGAGGAGCGGCUGGCGGCAGGUGUGUGCCGGAGGCUGCAGGGCAAGCUCAGCCACGAGGAGGCCGUCCUGGCCCGGCAGAACCUGGUGCAGGAGAACAAGCAGAGGGCCGGGCAGAAGAAGGAGGAGACAGCCGAGCUGAUGCAGCAGUGUGCCGAGCGGCGCCUCCAGGAGGAGAGGGCCGCCAAGGAGCUGGUGGGGCAAGUGAUGGAGGCACAGAAGAACGUCAAGGUGGCACAGGCGAAGCUCCUGAAGGGCCGGCGGCAGACAGCUCAGGAGGUGAUGGAAGAGAGCCGGGAGCUGCUGCAGCACGUUGCCGAGGCCACCACGGAGGAGCAGAAGCGGCGGUGUGAGGCCAUCUUCCAGCUGCGGGCGCUGGAGACGCAGCCCAGGCGCCAGGGCAAGCUCGUGGACCUGACCCAGAUCCCCGGCCACGGCCUGGAGGGGGAGAUGUCCGUGGUGGAGCUGCGCGAGCGGCUGGCCCUGCGCAGGGAGGCCGGGCAGCGCAGCGAGGAGGAGAAGCGCGACCGGAUCAUCCGGGCCCAGCGCGCCAAGAGCCAGGAGCUGCGCGACGCGGUGGAGCAGAUCGCGCUGUGCCGCGCGGCCAUGGGCAGGGCCGCCGCCCUGAGGUGGGAGGAGAAGAAGGGCCGCAGCGUGCUGCCCGCUGAGAACGAGCGGGUGCGGGAGCUGCAGCGCAGGCUCGAGGAGCGCGCGGCCGAGCGCCGCAGGCAGGAGGCCCUGCUGCACGUGUCGGCCCCGCGGGCCCCGCGCCCCAAGCCCCGGGCGCAGCUGGAGGCGCAGCACUGGCUGGAGCAGGAGCAGAGCCGCGAGCGGAGGCUGCGGGCGCUGCAGCGGGAGUGCGCCGCCCGCAACGCCGCCUGAGCCCGGCCGCCUGCGCUCCCCUCCCCAAUAAAGCGUGCGCCGGCUCGUGUGCGCCUCCUCUUCCUCGGCCGCGGCGCCCCCAUCCCCGGCCCGUGGGGCGUCCCCUCCUGCAGUCUGCACCUGCCCCGAGCAGCGCUGCGCCGCCAUGCAGGAUGCAGCCAGGGCGCGGGACAUGCUGUGCGUCUCCAGACUCGGCAUUUCCCUGCGUUCGGUGCGGCCCCCCGGCCCGACCCUGGCGCUCGUCUGCGUCCCGAGGCCCCUGCCCCCCUCCAGGGCGCGCCGUCCGCAGGCGGCUUAACCUGGGGAAUCCACCGACACAGGAAUUGGUCCCCCAUGCUGCUGAGGAGCGACGGGAUCUGCCCGGAGAACCAGGACCCAGAGCCAAGCUGGGGUGACUGUGGAGCCCCUCUCCCCACCCCUGCUUUUGCCAGCAUCACGGGACCCACCAGCUCGGCCCUGGCGCAGACCCUUUCUCCCCGAUCCCCAGAACCAGCCCCGGGCGGGCGGGACGGGGCCUGAGGUCAGUGGGUCGCGAAAUGCAACCUCAAGAAUGAAGCUCACGGGGCAGUGGA